UAGAAAUGAUAGAGAGACCUUGAACUUUAAAAGCGAGCGAGGACCCAGCCCACAAAACACAGCUCAAAAUAAGUACUUCAAAAAUUAAGACUUUUUAAGCUCACCGACGGCACGCCGCUUUUUUGACUGUCGACCCUAGUACGUGCUAAAAUGGCUGACAGACUGGACAUAAUUAUUUUCGGAGCCACCGGGUACACCGGAAAAGUGGGCAUCGAGGAAAUCAUCCCUCUCGCCAAGGAGAAGGGAGGACUCACUUGGGGAAUCGCCGGACGUAACCAGAAGAAGUUACAGGAUGCGCUCGAUGACGUAGCAAAAAAGACAGGCGUGUCCCUGAAGGAUAUACCGAUUAUCAUCGCCAACAUCGAUGACGAGGAGUCGAUGAGGAACAUGACGAAACAGUGCAAAGUCCUGGUCAACUGUGUUGGCCCCUAUCGGCAUUGGGGUGAGCAAGCUGUGAAAGCAUGCAUUGACAGUGGCACAAACCACGUGGAUGUUAGUGGAGAGCCACAGUACAUGGAAAAAAUGCAGCUUUUGUACAACAAGAAGGCUCAGGAAAAGGGAAUUUAUAUAGUUAGUGCUUGCGGCUUUGAUAGCAUUCCUGCUGAAAUUGGAAGUCAGUUCUUCUCAAAACAGUUUGAAGGUGAACCCAACGCAGUUGAAACUUAUCUCACCUCUUCGAACAAAAACCGCUCAAAGAGCGCUGGAAUCCAUUACGGUACUUGGGAGUCGGCAGUUUACGGCCUGGGUCACGCUAAUGAGCUGCGACCUCUGCGGCAACAACUUUUCCCCCACCGCCUUCCCACAAUGAGCCCCAGGCUGCAGUCCCGUGGCGUGGUUUUCCGCAACCCCGUCGGCAGGGGUUGGUGCCUGCCCUUCCUUGGCUCGGACUUGUCUGUGAUGCGCCGCUCGCAGUACCAUUUCCACGAGAAGAAGGGUCUGCGACCUCUGCAGAUCCAGUGCUACUUCACCCUGCCCAAUCUGAUUGCGGUCAUGGGUGUCAUGUUCAUUGCCUCCAUCUUCUUUGUGCUGGCCAAGUUCAGCUUGGGAAGGAAGCUUCUGCUUGCCUAUCCGAAGCUCUUCAGCUGCGGUUUUGUGAGCCACGAAGGACCAACGGAGGAAAGCAGGAAGAGCACCAAGUUCAGCAUCACCUUUGUGGGCGAAGGCUGGACAGAGAAGAACAAUGUCGAUGGCAACCAGCAUUCCAGCCCUCCGGACACUCGAGUUGUAACAAAGGUGACUGGAUUUGAUCCCGGCUAUGGCUUCACCACCAGAUGUCUCCUUCUGUGCGCCAUCACCAUCAUGAAGGAAGCUGAUAAAAUGCCUGCUACUGGUGGAGUUUAUCCUCCUGGCGCCGCUUUCGCUGAAACCUCCCUGAUGUCUGAACUUCAAUCUCACGGCUUGGCCAUGGAGGUCGUCGAGAAGAAGAAUAUUAAGUGAGAUGGUAAAACUGUCCAGCAUUCGAUCCUCUUUUACAUUCUUUCGUAGUUGUCUUUGUGUUAGGAACAUAAAAAUGAAACAAGCGCAUUUGCCUUUUGAGUA